AUGGCAGAUACUCAGCCUGCUCAGGAGGCGCCCGCCACCGACGCCCCCCGCGCGGAACGCAAUUUCGGCCGAGGCCGUGGCGGACGCGGUGGCCGUGGCCGUGGCCGCGGUGGCCCGGGUGAGGAGAAAGAGUGGGUCCCGUGCACCAAGCUGGGUCGCCUCGUGAAGGCGCAGAAGGUCACCUCUCUGGAAGAGAUCUUCCUCUUCUCGAUGCCCAUCAAGGAGCACCAGAUCGUCGACACCCUCAUCGCUGAGGGCCAGCUGCACGACGAGAUGAUGAAGAUCUACCCCGUGCAGAAGGCCACGUCGGCCGGCCAGCGCACCCGCUUCAAGGCAUUCAACGUCGUCGGCGACUGUGACGGCCACAUCGGCAUCGGUGCCCGCGUCGGCAAGGAGGUGUCGCUGGCGAUUCGCGCCUCAAUGAUUGCGGCCAAGCUCAACAUCGUGCCGGUGCGCCGCGGCUACUGGGGCAACAAAAUUGGUGAGCCACACACGAUUCCGAUGAAGGUGACAGGCAAGUGCGGUUCCGUCGCGGUCCGUCUCGUGCCCGCGCCCCGCGGUACCGGCAUUGUCGCGGCCCCCGUGCCCAAGAAGAUCCUCGAGUUUGCCGGUGUCGAGGACGUGUACACGAGCUCCCGUGGCAAAACCCGCACGCACGGCAACCUGAUCAUGGCCACGUUCUACGCCCUGCGCAAGACCUACGGCUUCCUCACGCCCGACCUCUGGGCGGACACGGAGCCCAGCCGCGAUCCGACCGACGAGCAUGCUGAGCUGCUUGCCGAGAUGACCACCGCCUAA